AUGUUUCACGCGAAGUUCGCAAUUGUCCUGUGCAUUUUAUUGUGUUCCAAUCUGGUACACUGGAGUUUGGCUGAUGAUGAAAAUCAAAUGAAGGAUUUCGCGACAUACGAAGAAGUUAAAGAUUUACCAAAUCAUCCUGAAAAAUUUUUAAUUGAGGUUAGAAGUCGUGAUAUGGUGGAAAAUGAUGGUGCAAUUCCGACGAGCAUCAAUAUUCCAUUCACCGAAUUAGAAGCUGCACUGAUGAUGGAAGACAGUGAGUUCAAGCAAAUGUAUGGCCGUGAAAAACCACCCAAGGAUGCCGUUGUUAUAUUUACCUGUCUAGGUGGUCAGUAUGCCCAGAUGGGUGCCGAUUUGGCAAAGUCAAAAGGUUGGAUGAAAGCUAAACCAUAUUUGGGUUCAUGGAUGGAAUGGUCGAAGAGGGAGGGCUUAUAA